AUGUCCCCAGGAUUCUCAGUUCUUGAAACCUCUGGCGGUCCCUCUCAUUCCCACAAGAGCUCAGGAUAUCAACCAAUGAUCGGCAAAUUCAAGCGAAAGCUUUCUCGUACCAAGUCGGUGCCGGACGCCGAGCCAUCAUCGUCGACCGCACCGAGCCGGCAUCUGACCUUGACGCCGUCGGAUGAGCAGCUCAUAACAAAGCUGUCUUUUGCUCCUAACACGGAUCUUGUCGACCGAUCUCCUCGUCAGAAAUGUACUUCCGUAAACACAGGAUGGUCUGAGAGGACGAUUUUCAACAAUGUAGAAGCAGGCUUCUUGGCUCUGCCAACCGAAUGCUUGCUCAAGAUCCAAGAAUACCUGUCGCCUAGCAGCGAGGUCAGCCUGCGACAGAGUUGUUGUCGCUUCUAUCACCUGUACAAGACCCAAUCGUUUUACCUAGUCGGUGCAGAACUCUUUGAGUUUCUGUGCAUGAUUGAGCGCGAUCAGGAUCCAACUCAACUGGAGCGGCUUGUCUGCGGUAAUUGCAAAGAGCUUCAUCCCCGUCAAGCUUUCCCAUCCUCAGAAGUUCGCCAGCAGCCUCUGCAACGAGACUGCCGCCAGGUCUGGCUCUGUGCUCAUAAGCAUUUGAGCUACAACCAAUCCUUGAAACAUGUCAAAGCCGAUCCAGCAUCGCCGUUUCGUGCCGAGAGCCUGUUGCCCUGUUCACGAUGCAGAGACACCAUCCGGCACAGAUCGAUAGCUGACCGGCCGGAGAAGGGAACGUCGCAGAUGGAGCUUGAGAAUCCAUUGUCACAGUCUCUGCUGAUCUCCAAAAUUGGCUUAAUGCAAGCUCCAUCGCCCCUGUACAACACCCGUGGCACCAGUGGUUCGUCUGGUAUGUAUAAGGAGAUAUUCCAAGUCAAAAAAGUUUCGGACGCUCUUCAAGCUGUCGACUUCCGUCUGUGUCCGCAUAUCAAGCUGGGCGACCCAUACAUCCUCAGCAAGUUCUGCCGAUCGUGCAUCAACACCCAGAAGCUACCUCCUGGAGUCAAAGGUCCACCGUGCAUCUCCGAGCCAGACAAGAAAGACUUCGCCAAGGACAAGAUCAUUGGAAGAUGCAAGGGAACCUGCUUCACCAGGGGCUGCAAAACGCAGUUCAUGUUUCAAUCCCGAGAGAGCCUGUCUCCGGACGCGUCUGGCCGCCGUCAGAUCUGGCUGAUCAUUGUUGUCUACCGCUGGCUCGGACCCUUGCUUACAGAGGGCAGAGACAAAGUCUGGUCAGACCAUGCCACUGAAUAUAGCGAGCGUGUUGCGAUGCAACGCAGCUGGACCACGUGGGACAAAGAGACUAGGGGUCAAGCGUGCAUGCCCAAUUGGAGUAUUUGCGCUUUGCAUCCCGACGACUCGAAUCUUCGGUGA